UGCGGCGCGUGAACCUCGGCUCCUAUCAGACUUACAUCAAGGACGAGUCGGUGUACUACCCAGAAAACGAGCUCUUGUUCGACGCAUCGUCUCCAGGUACGGAUCCCGUGACGGCCUACUGUUCAAAGUGCAACAGUACGGUCGACUAUUUUCCCCGCAAAUCGAGCAAAGAGUGCUACAGGUGCUCGUCGACUCUGCAUUACAAGUGCACGCGUUGCGCCAAGCUCUACAAGGACAUAAAGUACCUCCGCCAGCAUCAAAGAUUCGGAUGCGACAAGGGACCCAGUUACUACUGCAACUUUUGCCACUGUGGUUUCACACGCAAGUGCACCUUGUUGGCCCACGUCAGCCGCAAACACGCGCCAACUCUGUGAAGGACUUUUUUUAUCCACGGUGUUUUUGUUCUUGUUGUCGCUGUUGUUGUUAUUGCUGUAUGCUCGAUUGACAGGGUUUUGCUGUAUUUAUAUUAUCAUUGUGGACAAUAAGGGUGGGAUUUCAGGAUUAUUUUAUUAUAUAUUAGCUUUGUGAGCGCGCGGU